UAAAAGUGAAAAAGUAUUUUAAAUUAAAUCGAGAAUUAACAAAUAUUCAAGAAAAAUCAUCUCAAAAUUCUAAUUCUAAAAUAAUAAGUUGCCAAUGUUUAUCGUCUGUUGCAGAACGAAAACUAAAAAUUCUCAUCUUAUAUUUGAAAUGAACUCUGCUGAUGAUGAAUUCUAUAAAAAUCGUUCACUUAUUGAAAUCGUCUUAAAAUUGUCUUCCAGUAAUUCAAACGAUAUGACAGCAGCGAUUCGAUCUUUAGGCCUGAGCAGUGAUUUUUUGAAGUACCUUUUAGAACAACUUUCAGGUGCAAAAGAAUUUGUUAAAUGCAAACCAACAUAUAAAGAUGUUGAUGUUGUUGGCUCAACUAAAGAAAUUCCAUCAGGUUGUGCUCGCACAGGAAUAGUUGUUAGAAAAAACAAUUAUGAUAUGUUCAGCUGGUUAGCUUCUAGGCACAGAAAACGUCCCAAAUUAUCAACGAUUAAAGAAGACUCCGAUGGUCGUCGUUCUAAUUCCUUACUCAAUGAAGUAAAAUGUUGGAAUAAAAAUAAAACAUUAACAAAUAAUGUUGGUGUAUAUAGAUCUGAUAUACAUGGGCGAGGACUAUUUUGUUUGAGAGACAUCGAACAAGGAGAAAAUAUUAUUGAAUAUACAGGAGAAGUUAUUCGUUCAGAAGUAAGUGAUGUGCGUGAGAGGCUUUAUAACAAAAAAGGAAUUGAUUGUUAUAUGUUCAGGAUUGAUCAGGAUAUUGUUGUAGAUGCCACAAUGAAUGGAAAUUCCUCUCGAUUUAUUAAUCACUCAUGUGAGCCCAAUUGUAAUUCUAAAAUUGAAUUCAUACAUGGUAAAAAACAUAUAAUAAUUUGGGCCAAAAGAAAAGUACUCCAAGGCGAAGAACUUACAUAUGACUAUAAAUUUCCAUUAGAAGAUGAUAAAAUUAAAUGUCGCUGCCUUUCAAGAAAAUGUCGCAAGUAUCUAAAUUAAUUUUUUUUUUUAGUACUAUUUACAUCUUAUUACAUAGGUACUAUGUUGAAGAAACCGUUUUUCCUUUUAUUAUUGUUAUUAUUAUUAUCUAUUUGUAUUAAUUUGGUUUAAAAAUAAUUACCUCUCUAUGAUGAAAACAAUCUUUAGUUUUUAUUAUGUAUAACUAAGUAUAUAUGAAAAGGUUAACUCUUUUUUUACAUCACAACUCGUUCUACAUCACCAAUCAUAUGUAUUUAUU